UAAAAUCAUUGAAAUUCACAGCACACCUGAUUGCUUCUUCCUCAGUAUUACAAGGUAUGUUGUUGUUUAAAUUUAUAAUAAUUUUAGAAUUUUGAUUUACACCUAAAACACCUAAAAGCGUUUUUAGAUGUUAAAUUUACACAAAUACGCCUCAUUUUUAAAAGGUUUUAUGGCAUAAUGGUUGGUGAUUUAUCUGGGUUCAGAUAAGUACACGUCCGCCUCAUCUGUUAAUGAAAACUCACAUACACCCUGAGUUAUGACUGUCCAAAGGCCAAGGCAGGGCAGACGCGAGUGGAAACUGUAUAAGAGAUUACAGUACCCUCGAUCCUCAGAGUGUGUGUGAGUGUGCGGAUGGACGAGGAGCAGAACCAUGGCCUCUAAGAUUUUUGUGAUGCUGCUGGCUCUGUCCAGCGCCGUUUCUGCGCAGUCAAGUGUGGAAACCCAGGCAAAAAAGUUUCUUCUGCAGUUCAGCGAGGAGGCCAGUGCAUGUAUGUACAAUUACUCACUGGCAUCGUGGGCUUACAACACCAACAUCACCAAGGAGAACUCGGACAAACUGUCCGAACAAGGCAAAAUCUGGGGAGACUUCUACUCAGCUAUGUCAGAGAAAUCGCGGAACUACUCGCUUGACGAGAUCAGUGAUUUCCAAACUAAGCUGCAGCUCAUCUCCCUGCAAGACAAAGGCUCCGGUGCUCUUUCAGCAGAUAAAGCAGACCACCUCAGCAAGGUCAUGAGCGAGAUGAGUACAAUCUACAGUACAGCAACUGUUUGCCUGAAGGACGAGCCCUUUAACUGCCAGACUUUGGAGCCAGGUCUAGAAAAAAUUAUGGCCGAUAGCAAGGACUACUCGGCGCGUCUGCAUGUUUGGGAGGGUUGGAGGAAAGAGGUGGGAAAGAGGAUGAGACCACUGUACGAGGAUUAUGUGGCCCUGAAGAAUGAAGCCGCUAAACUCAACGGGUUCGAAGAUUAUGGUGCUUACUGGAGAUACAACUAUGAGACUUUAGAUGAAGACAUCAAGUACAAGUACGGGAGAAACGAUCUGAUGGAUGACGUCCGCUCCAUCUACCAGCAGAUUAUGCCAUUGUACAAGGAGCUGCACGCCUAUGUUAGAGGAAAAUUGAUGGUGCAGUACCCAGGAAAGAUUGCUCCAACAGGUCCAUUGCCAGCCCACCUCCUGGGUGACAUGUGGGGACGGUUCUGGACCAACCUUUAUUCUCUGUCAACCCCCUUCCCUGCAAAGCCGGACAUAGACGUCAGCAGCACCAUGGUGGAACAGGGCUGGACAGAAAUACGACUAUUCAAAGAAGCUGAAAAAUUCUUCAUGUCUGUGAACCUGUAUGAAAUGGAAGAGAACUUCUGGAACAACUCCAUGUUUGUGAGGCCUGAUGAUGGGCGCAGUGUGGUCUGUCAUCCCACAGCCUGGGACAUGGGAAACGGGGAGGACUUCAGGAUUAAAAUGUGCACCACAGUCAACAUGGACAACUUCCUGACCGUUCACCACGAGAUGGGACACAACCAGUACCAGAUGGCUUACAGACAUCUGCCGUACCUGCUGAGAGACGGCGCCAACGAGGGUUUCCACGAGGCUGUGGGAGAGAUCAUGUCCCUUUCUGCUGCAACACCCAAACACCUGAAGAGCCUGGGACUCCUGCCUGCUAAUUUUACGAACGACCAUGAAACAGAUAUCAAUUUCCUGCUGAAGCAGGCGCUGACCAUUGUGGCCACACUUCCCUUCACAUACAUGCUGGAGGAGUGGAGGUGGCAGGUCUUCGCUGGGAAAAUCACACAGGAUGAAUGGAUGAAGCAGUGGUGGGCCAUGAAGAGGGAGCUAGUUGGAGUUGUGGAGCCUAUGCCCAGGGAUGAAACCUACUGCGACCCACCAGCUCUGUUCCACGUAUCUGGAGACUAUUCUUUUAUCAGGUACUUCACCAGAACCAUCUACCAGUUCCAGUUCCAAAAGGCACUUUGUGAAGCGGCAGGUCACCGUGACCCCUUGUAUACAUGUGACAUCACUGGUAGUGUAGCAGCAGGCACCAAGUUAAGGAAUAUGUUGGAACUGGGGAGGUCGCGGCCGUGGACCAAAGUGCUGGAAACAAUAUCUGGUGACACCAGGAUGGACGCUGCACCUCUGCUGGAAUAUUUUGGAAAACUUCACGAGUGGCUGAUAGCAGAAAAUAAAAAGCAGAAUAACUUUGUUGGAUGGGAAGCGGAUAUUGACCCAUACUCUCAAUACGCAGUCAAAGCAAGGCUGAGCCUCCGCGCUGCCAUGGGAGAUGAUGCGUACCCUUGGAACGAGAACGAGCUCAACCUCUUCAGAGCCACCAUCGCCUACGCCAUGAACAACUACUAUGGUCAGACGACAAAUGACACGCUUCAAUUCAGUGUGGAGAAUGUCCUCACCUACCAGCACACCCCCAGAAUCUCCUUCUUCAUUGUGGUCACCAACCCUGCAAACACAGAUGAAUACAUCCCCAAAGAUAUUUUGGAGGCAGCCAUACGGCUGUCUCGAGGUCGGAUCAACAGCGCUUUCCGUCUGGACGAUGUCACACUUGAAUUUUUGGGAAUCGCGCCCACGCUGGCCCCGCCAGUGGAGCAGCCAGUGGAAGUGUGGCUGGUGGUGUUCGGCGUGGUCAUGGGACUGGUGGUGCUCAUGGGCCUUUACCUCAUCAUCUCCGGUGUCCGGGAACGCAGGGGGAAGUCUGUGAAGUCCAGGUUGGAAAAUCCCUAUGAUUCAACCAGGGGACACGACAACCGCAGCUAUGACGACAGCACGGACGAGCAAACAGGAUUCUGAGCAGCAGGUUUCCACGUAGAACGAACAUCAAAGUCAUCGUUGAGCCAAUGAGGAAAUGCACAAUCUAUCACUGACACAGCUCCUUAUCAGAUGCGAUUCAACAUGUGUCAUAAUGUUUUCAUGUGUCAUCAUGUUUUGCAAGCUAGUCAUCGCAUAAGUGGACGAGGGCAUUUUUUAAUAAUUUACUAACAACGAUAAUAUUAUCACUCAGCUUUUCCAACUGAGCUCCACUUCAGAGAAAAAGAAAAUAUUUUGCGCCUUGCAGCCUUGAAACUUAUCGGAAGGAAAGUCUAGAGAAAUGUAUUUAGAAGUAUGGAUCGAAAAUACAUACUACCAUGUUAACAAGUCAUUCUGUGCCAUUAAUAGUGUGUAACUGUGAAAUUGUUGCAGCAUCCAUGUUGCUAAUCCUAUAUAUAUAUAUAAAUAUACGUAUACAUAUAUACAUAUGUUAAUUUUCUGAAAUAAAUGAUUAAAUAUAAGGAUAAUAAAGAUUACAAUUUCAGUAUUUGUUCUACCCAAGUUCCUGGUAGAAAAGAAUGAAGUAUUUUGUACAUUAAAUAUUUUGUUGUCGUAUGGAAGACAUGUUUUUGUAUUUAUUGUGCGGAGGUCUGACUUUCUUUCCUGAUUUCUUUAAAUAAAUG